UCUCCGAUAGGCAGAUGUGGCCGUGUUCCUUCCGAGUAAUGCGAUUGGACAGAUAGACGCUUUCACGGCAGUUCAGCCCUGCUGCCUGUGUGUGGCAACCGGGGUAAGCCGGACAACUGGGGGAAAUGCGAGAUUGUGGAGAGGACCAUGUUACGCUUUUAAAGAACCUCUUCGAGUCCGAAGACAGAUUUUGGAAGCGUCUGUGUAUUUUUUUCUUCUUCUUCUGUCUCUUUUUCGAGGGGAUUGACAAGCAAUUGAAGACGUGCGUUCAUUGGAGGUUCCGUGCUAAAGAAUAAAGUAGUUUUAUCGAGCCCGACCGCGCCGAAUAUUCUUCCAACCGCUCCCUCAGACUGGCUGGGCGCGUUCCGGAGAGAAAGAGAGGAUGCUCGUCGGAGAGCUGCGUCCACAUUAUGAGGGAUUAAACGCCUGAAUUAUAGCUUUCUGUGUUUUUGACUCUUUGGGAACGGAGGUCGGACAGUGACGUGAAGGCGCACGUUUGGGUACGUAUUCGCCAGAGCUGUUGAUUAUCUGCUUUCUUGUUUUUUUAUUAUUAAACGUGCGCUCGGAAGCGCACCGCUUCCAGGGCUCCGUGCGGAGUCCAAGUAGGCAGCUGCUCGCUCGUGGCCUGCCUCUAGACGUUUUUUUAACGCACGGUUCUGCUCUUUUGACGAACAUCAAUCAAGCUUGGAUUCACAUUUUUGAUCCGAGCGCUGAAAAUUAUCCAGAGGAUUGAAUAUUUUUUCUUUUUUUUUGCAACACUUUGAAUUGAGAUUUUUUUCCUUUCCUUUUAAUUCGCUGACCACUUAAGGUCAAGAAGACAGAAGCGCACGUUUCUGUUUUAGCGCUCCAAUAACGGUGGACCAGUUUAAGUAUUGAGGAACUGCAUUAAGUGGGUUUAUUUUGGUUAAAUCGACUCAUCCCCCCAACACAGGAUUUUUACAACCUCCCCACCCCUAUCCUCCACCCGCCCCCUGUCUGCUGAGACUGGUGUGUCUGUGGGCACAUUUUCAUCCAUUUUGCCAAAGGUCCUGCACGCUGGAGAAAUAAACAAAGGAUACAUUUCAAGAUGUAUCCACAAGGCCGACAUCCGGCUCCUCAUCAGCCCGGUCAGCCUGGCUUCAAAUUCACUGUAGCAGAGUCUUGUGACAGAAUUAAAGACGAGUUUCAGUUCCUGCAAGCCCAGUAUCACAGUCUUAAGGUGGAGUAUGACAAACUGGCCAAUGAGAAAACAGAGAUGCAGCGCCACUAUGUCAUGUAUUAUGAGAUGUCCUACGGCCUGAAUAUAGAGAUGCACAAACAGACGGAGAUUGCCAAACGACUCAAUGCAAUUUUAGCUCAAAUUAUGCCUUUCCUGUCACAAGAGCACCAACAGCAGGUUGCUCAGGCAGUGGAGAGGGCUAAGCAGGUGACUAUGACAGAGCUGAAUGCCAUCAUCGGGGUACGUGGACUUCCCAAUCUGCCUCUCACCCAGCAGCAGGCUGCCUAUCCUGCUCUCAUGCAGCAGCUCCAAGCUCAGCACCUCUCCCAUGCAGCGCACGGGCCUCCGGUUCAGCUACCCCCCCACCCUUCAGGCCUGCAGCCACCCGGCAUCCCCCCUGUGACGGGUUCCGGAUCAGGCCUGCUGGCACUCGGCGCUCUGGGCAGCCAAACUCACCUCCCAGUGAAGGAUGAGAAGAACCACCAUGAUCUGGAACACAGAGGUAGGUUAGCUCAACUAAAACACGGUGAGUCCAGCAGCAACAACUCAAUAUCCCCAUCGGAAAGCUUACGGACCGCCAGCGAGAAGCAUCGUAGCUCUUCUGAUUACAGUUUGGAGACUAAGAAGCGCAAAGUGGAGGAGAAGGACAGCAUGAGCAGAUAUGACAGUGAUGGAGAGAAGAGUGAUGACUUGGUGGUAGAUGUGUCUAACGAGGACCCUGCCACCCCACGUGCAAGCCCGGCGCACUCUCCCCCUGAAAAUGGAAUUGACAAGCCACGCCCACCCAAGAAGGACACACCCAACAGCCCAGCGUCAGUGGCAUCAUCUGGAAGCACGCCGUCCUCCAAGGCCAAGGAGCUCAGUCAUAAUGACAAAUCCUCUACCCCUGGUCUCAAAUCCAACACCCCCACCCCACGUAACGAUGCCCCCACCCCUGGCACCAGCUCCACUCCUGGGCUCAGACCCAUCCUGGGCAAACCACCAGGCAUGGAGGCUCUCGCAGCGCCAGCUCUGCGUACACCUCUGUCCAUUGCUGGAUCUUACCCCACUCCUUUUGCCAUGAUGGGCCACCAUGAAAUGAACGGGGGCCUGACGAGUCCUGGGGUGUACGCUGGUCUGCACAUCUCCCCUCAGAUGAGUGCAGCAGCAGCUGCUGCGUAUGGGCGUUCCCCCAUGGGAUUUGAUCCUCACACCCAUAUGAGAGCUCCAGGCCUUCCAGCCAGCCUCACAUCCAUUUCUGGCGGGAAACCAGCGUACUCCUUCCAUGUCAGUGCAGAUGGCCAGAUGCAGCCAGUCCCCUUCCCGCCUGAUGCCCUCAUUGGCCCCGGUAUCCCACGCCACGCUCGUCAGAUCAACACUCUUAGCCACGGAGAGGUGGUGUGCGCCGUUACCAUUAGCAACCCUACACGUCAUGUCUACACUGGUGGCAAGGGCUGUGUCAAAAUCUGGGACAUCAGCCAACCCGGCAGCAAGAGUCCUGUGUCCCAACUGGACUGUCUGAACAGGGAUAACUACAUCCGAUCCUGUAAGCUGCUGCCUGAUGGUCGCACAUUGAUUGUCGGAGGCGAGGCCAGCACAUUGACCAUCUGGGAUCUGGCCUCACAGACACCCCGCAUCAAGGCUGAGCUCACCUCCUCAGCCCCGGCGUGCUACGCCUUGGCCAUCAGCCCCGACGCCAAAGUCUGCUUCUCCUGCUGCAGUGAUGGAAACAUUGCCGUUUGGGACCUGCACAACCAGACUCUUGUUAGGCAGUUCCAGGGUCAUACAGACGGCGCUAGCUGUAUUGAUAUUUCCCACGAUGGCACUAAGCUGUGGACAGGCGGUCUUGAUAACACGGUUCGCUCUUGGGAUUUGAGGGAGGGCCGACAGCUGCAGCAGCAUGACUUCACUUCACAGAUCUUCUCUUUGGGAUACUGUCCGACUGGAGAGUGGCUUGCUGUGGGAAUGGAGAGCAGCAACGUGGAGGUUCUCCACCACUCAAAACCUGACAAAUAUCAGCUCCACCUGCACGAGAGCUGUGUCCUCUCCCUCAAGUUUGCCUACUGCGGUAAAUGGUUCGUAAGCACUGGGAAGGACAAUCUGUUGAAUGCUUGGAGGACUCCUUAUGGCGCCAGCAUAUUCCAGUCAAAGGAAUCCUCGUCUGUCCUGAGCUGCGACAUCUCUACAGAUGACAAGUACAUUGUAACGGGCUCUGGAGACAAGAAGGCCACUGUCUAUGAAGUGAUCUAUUAAAGCUGGACCGCAGUAAUGCCCUGGAACAAUGAACCCUUCCUCCAUCUGUCCUCCCUCACAUAGGCGACGUGGAUUCUGCCUGAAGCCCUCUGAUGGGCAAGAAGUUUGGCGGUGCCAGACUGGAUCGGAUGGCGGCGCUGUUUUGGACCUGGAUUUUAUUUCAUUCACCUCUGCCCUCCUUCAUUAAUGCAACACUUGUACAGCAAGUGCCCUUUCUGAAGGCACUAAGAAAAAAACGUUGCUUUUUUUCCCCAGUUUGUUGGAUUUUUCUUUUUUUCAUCCUUUUUAUUGUGGAGAUAAAGUUCUAUGACACAACUAGAAGCAGCGCUUUGCUUCGGAGCUUUUCCUUGGAGGUCCUGUGAAAAGUGUACAUAAUGGAGUAAUAAAUGGCCUUUUAUAGAUUUA